AUGGGCUGCUGCCGCCUGGGAAGCAAGAGCAAAGAGGAGGUGAUGGCUGGCACGGUGCUACGCUUCGGAUUAGCGCUGACAGGGGCAGGGCGCUCCUGCUUCGGCUGCUGCAUCGGCCGCGGAGCCCCACCUGUCCUCGUCCUCUCUGUCCGCGUCCUCCGCCUUCUGCCUGCCGCUCCCGCUGAGCAGCGCGAAGUCGCUGACCUCGGAGCCCUCCACGCGCCGGCUGAGCCCCUCGUGCCCCGCCGAGCCUUCGGCCCCGUCCUUGCUGCCGAAGCAGGGCCCGGCCCCCUCCAGGCCGACCAGGUUGAGUUUCCCUUUGGCAGACGCCUGCCGUGUGAUAUCUAUUGGCAUGGAGUAUCGUUUCACGAUAAUUACAUAUUCUCAGGUCAAGUCAACAAGUUUCCAGGCAUGACGGAGAUGGUACGUAAGGUUACGCUGAGCCGGGCGGUGAGAACGAUGCAGGAUUUGUUUCCUGUAGAAUAUAACUUCUAUCCUCGCUCCUGGAUUCUGCCCGAGGAGUUUCCCCUCUUUGUGACCGAGGUUCGUAUGAUGAAAGAGAGCGAUCCGUCCUGGAAGCCCACUUUUAUUGUCAAACCUGAUGGCGGGUGCCAGGGGGAUGGAAUCUACCUCAUUAAAGACCCCAACGACGUCAGGCUGGCUGGGAGCCUGCAGAGCCGCCCGGCAGUGGUCCAGGAGUACAUCUGCAAACCACUGCUUGUUGACAAGCUGAAAUUUGACAUUCGUCUUUAUGUCUUACUGAAAUCCUUAGAACCUUUAGAGAUUUAUAUAGCCAAAGAUGGACUUUCUAGAUUUUGUACAGAGCCCUAUCAAGAACCCACUCUAAAAAAUUUGCACCAGGUUUUUAUGCACUUAACUAACUACUCACUAAAUGUCCACAGUGGGAAUUUCAUCCAUUCUGACAACGUAAACACUGGCAGCAAGAGGACUUUCUCAAGCAUUCUGUGCAGACUGUCUUCCAGAGGAGCUGAUGUCAAAAAGGUUUGGUCAGAUAUAAUUUCACUGGUGAUUAAAACAAUUAUUGCACUGACACCAGAACUGAAAGUUUACUAUCAGUCUGACAUCCCAGCAGGAAAGCCUGGGCCAACUUGCUUCCAGAUUUUAGGGUUUGACAUUCUCCUGAUGAAAAACUUGAAGCCCAUGUUGCUGGAAGUAAAUGCAAACCCCAGCAUGAGAAUAGAGCACGAGCAAGAGCUCUCUCCUGGGGUGUUUGAAAAUGUCCCAAGUCCUGUUGAUGAAGAAGUGAAAGUAGCUGUUAUCAGAGAUACUCUUCGUCUAGUGGACCCCCAGAAAAAAAAGAGGAAGGAUAUUCAAUCUCAGACUUCAGAGCACGUGUCAGAAACCAGAGAGGAUCUACUGGAUGCGGGACCAGCAGGUGGACCGGAAUACGAGACCAGCAAAAACACAGAGGCUGGCCUACCCUCCCUUUGUCUCAAGCAAGUGUUUCCAAAGUAUGCUAAGCAGUUUAAUUACCUGCGACUCGUGGACAGAGUGGCUGCGUUGUUCAUCCGAUUUCUUGGUGUCAAAGGGACAACAAAACUGGGGCCAACAGGGUUCCGGACAUUUAUAAGAAACUGCAAGCUCAGUAACAGCAAUUUUUCAAUGGCUUCUGUAGAUAUCUUAUACAUUGAUAUCACACGAAGGUGGAACAGCAUGGGAAUUGAUCACAAAGAAUCAGGAAUGUGUUUGCAAGCCUUUGUUGAAGCUUUCUUCUGUUUGGCUCAGAAAAAAUACAAGUCACUCCCUCUUCAUGAGCAGGUGGCAUCACUGAUUGACUUCUGUGAGUAUCACCUGGCUGCCCUGGAUGAGAAGCGCCUGCUUUGUGGCCGAGGGGUUGUGGAGCGCCGAGGUGCAGUGGUUACCUGUCCGACAGAUGGACUUGAGGUGCCAGCUCUGCAUGCACCCCUCCUAAACCGCACGGCCGCAGCUGGUAAAUUUGCAGAUUGUAGAAGUCAUCACCAUCCUGGUGCUGUUUCACCAGGAGCAGGGAGAGACUGAGAGAACUGAGAAUUAAUCUCAGAAACAGUAAGAAUCUCCGCACAGAGCAUGACAUCCCCAUAAUGAACUCUUUGUCAAGCAUGAAUCUGGCCAUGUUGCAGCCUGG